GUUUGAAAAUGGGUCAGCAUAUUUCCAUGAAGAUGAUCGUGAGGGUCUUUCGAAAGUCUGCCGGCUCGUGAUUCACUCACGCUAUGAAGACUACAUGACUGAUGGUUUCAACAUGCUCUAUAGCAAACAGCCAAUGAUAUACAUUAGUUCUGCAGCAAGAGAGGGCUUGGGACAGUCUCUUUGCAACCAGCUUGGGUUGCCCCUUUCCUGCAUGUGCCGGGUGCCCUGCAAUACCAUGUUCGGCUCUCAGCAUCAGAUGGAUGUUGCUUUUCUGGAUAGACUGAUUAAAGAGGAUACUGAGUAUGGAAAACUGCCUUUACUGCUUGUGGCCAAUGCUGGCACGCCAGGAGCUGGGCAUACGGACAAACUUGGGCGUUUGAAAGAACUCUGUGAGCAGUACAGCAUGUGGCUCCAUGUUGAAGGGGUGAAUUUGGCCACAUUGGCCUUAGGUUAUGUCUCUUCAUCUGUACUGGCAGCAACCAAAGCGGACAGCAUGACCUUGACUCUGGGGCCUUGGUUAGGUCUCCCGGCGGUGCCUGCCGUGACUCUGUACAGACAUGAGGAUCCUUCUUUGUCCUUGGCUGCAGGUCUGACCACCAGUCAAGCAGUAGAGAAGCUUCGUGCCUUGCCUCUGUGGCUCUCUUUGCAAUACCUCGGACAUGAUGGGAUUGUCGAAAGAAUAAAACAUGCAUCUCAGUUGAGUCAGCGGUUACUGGAAAACCUGAAGAACCAGGAUUUUAUUAAAACCUCGGUGGAAGAUGAACUUAGUUCUCCAGUGGUGGUAUUCAGAUUUUCCCCUGAACUUCCACAUUUAGAUAAACUGUUAUGCACCGGCCAGGGUCCUAUGAUAACUGGCAAUGAGAAAUAUGUUUGUGAUACAUUUAAUCAGUGGCUAGGGGAGCAGUUGGCUCAGUUAGUGCCGGCCAGUGGAGUGGACGUGAUAGAGCUUGAAGAUGAGGGCACUUGUGUACGCUUCAGCCCUUUAAUGACUUCUGCAGUUUUAGGAACUGAAGUGCAAGACAUUGACCAGUUGGUGGACUGCUUGAAAAUGAAGGUCCCGGUGUUGACUUGUACGCUCCAGCUGCGAAAUGAGUUUGAGCAGGAAGUGAAAAGAACGGCUGGGCUGUCCUACGUGGAAGACCUCAGCUGGCCUGGGCUUGGAGUCAUUAGGUACGAAGGGCAGAACAAAGACCAGCAGAAGGAGGAAGAAGUGGAGAAGAUAACCGGUGCGCUCCUGAGAAAGUUGAAUGAACUGGAAUCGGAUUUGUCCUUCUCUUUAGGUCCAGAAUUUGGAGGAGAAAAAAACUGUAUAUACAUUGGGAUGGUAAUGGAAGAUCUAGACGUGUCCGAGCUGGUUGAAACGAUUGCGGCGACAGGCCGAGAAAUUGAAGAAAAUUCAAGACUGUUGGAAAACAUGACAGAAAUCGUGUGCAAAGGCAUCCAGGAAGCUCAGGUUCAGCUGCAAAAAGCAAAUGAGGAAAGACUCCUGGAAGAGGGGCUGCUCCGGCAGAUUCCAGUUGUGGGUUCUGUGCUGAACUGGUUUUCUCCAUUUCAUGCUUCACCAAAGGGAAGAACAUUUGACCUAACAGCAGGUUCUCUUGCAUCAACAGAGCCCACUUAUGUAUCCAAAGUGCAGGGUACUGGGGUCACCCCGCCUCCAACUCCCACAUCUGCACAAACAAAGCAGAGGUUGCCUGGCCAAAAACGGUUUAAAAGGUCCAUGAAGGGCUCUGACGGAUUGAGUGAGACUAGUUCUGUCAGCCACACUGAUGACUUGGCCAGAGGAGAGCCGCAGCUGGGCACUUCCUUUGCAGGACAGGGGGACCCCGAGUUGCCCGAAGGGGGUGUGCAUCUGACAGAGGAAUCAGCUGAAGACUCCACAGGGGAAAUGGUUCAGUCUCUGGGAAACACUGGCACUAAAUCAGAGGAACAAGAGAGUCUCAGAUAAGGAUCUAGCCCCCCCCGUCCCCUGAGACUUUGUACAGAAGCAAAGGACUUUAUGCAGAGCAGCGGAAUUUCACAGUGCAUUUAAAAAAAAUGUGAAUAGUGCCACAGUGUGUCCAGUAAUAACUACUGUUCCUUGUGUUUUACUGGAGAAUUUGCACAAAUUUUAGUGGAAAUAGUUCUUCUCUACUUGUUUUUUUUUCCUCUUCCCCCCUCACUGUUGUUUCCUGCACUAGUCACAGCUGCUGUUUGUAUUGCUAAGGCAGUGAGACUUAGACACACGGCAUCAUCUUUUUUGGAAGGAAACCUGCAAGUGAUAAUUCCAGCAGGUCUCCAGGUGAUACUUUGCUGAUAUUCCUCUUUUUUUUUUUUUAGCCUUUUGUUGGCUCAAUGAUCUGUUGCACUUGGUACUUUUAUUUUCAUUUUAUUUUUUGUAAAAUUGAUCCAUUGUCUCAUUAUAUUAAAUAAACCUAUCAGUCGCUCGCACUCCUUUGUCAAACUACAAAACACAAAAUAAAUGAAAUAUUGUUCAUUUACUGGCCUUUUAACUUCCCAUUUUGUGUUUUUAGUUCUUGUUUAAAUUGUUGUUCAAUAUUGUAAAUACCAACCAAAUUAUUAGUUUAUGGUUGCUUCUCCUAAUAAGGUUUGAUUGAUAAAGUGCAAACCGAAUUCAUGUCUUCCGUGCGUGGUUUAUUUGGUGUGGUGACUUGAAUUAACUCUGGUACUGAAAGAAAAGUGGGGGAUAAAGUUGUUAAUGUAAAAUCUAAAUGUUUUUACAACUGAAAUGGUUUCAGCCAGUACUUCUGCUGGAAAUAGGUAUUUAAUGCAGAUGCUUCCCAAAUGCUUUGGUGGCUGUUUUCAGUUGUGUCUUUGUGGUCAGCCAUAAUUAUGCAAACGGAUUUUGAUAUGCUUUGUUAAGAUUCUGUACUUUUCUAAUAAAAUAAAAUGUUUUAAAGCAAAAAAAGAACAAGAUAUCAACACCUCCAAAUCAUUACAAUGGUUGCUUGUUUAUUUAAGGAGUUUUCUACGUACACAACAAAUUACAUAUUUGACAGAUCUCUUGAAAAUACAGAGAAUCUCCCAAUAGUUUACAGUUCAAAUAAAACACCUUGAGUCUACAUAACAAAUUGUUUCUUUAGCCCAACCACUCAUAGAAUCUCGACCACAAUUCUUCAAAAGUAUCUUCACCUUUUUCUUUUAACAGGGUUGUUAAUUUG